UAAAAACAUAUAAAAAGACGGUGGUUCUAGAGAGUUCAUUUCAUGGGGUGGGGGAAGUGUUUUGCAAUUUGCAUUCUUUCCUCUUCCCUCGGAAUCAAAAUGUCUCGCAUCACAAAUAUAUUCCUGCAACAUGUUUUACAAUAUUAAGCAAUAAGUGAAUAAAUAAAUAUUGUCAUUAGGUGAGUGAAGAAAGGUGAAUAAAUGGCGAAGGGAGGAGAGGAAGACUGUGAUGAGUUGUAUGCAGUUCUGGGUUUAGAGAAGGAGUGUUCCCAAUCUGAGCUCAAGAAUGCCUAUAAGAAGCUUGCACUGAAAUGGCACCCAGAUCGUUGUUCAGCGUCCACCGUCGAAGAAGCCAACAAGAAAUUCCAGGCAAUCCAGCACGCCUAUUCUGUCUUGUCAGACGCCAACAAAAGGUUCUUGUACGAUGUAGGAGUCUAUGAUAGCGAUGACGACCAAAACGGCAUGGGUGACUUCUUGAACGAAAUGGCUACAAUGAUGAGCCAAACACAACCCAAUGGAAACGGGGAGGAAAGUUUUGAGGAGUUGCAACAACUCUUUGAAGAAAUGUUUCAUGCGGGAAGCACCUCUCACACUGCACCUGCUUCUUCUACGUACGUCCCUUAUGGUGAAAGUUCUAAUUCAAAUAAACUUAAUUCCACUGAGAUGAAUUUUGGGAAGACAGAGGAAGAGGAUACACCUGGAUUCGAUACCAGCUACCAGAACUUCUGUUCAGGGGUUGUCAUGUAAUUUACUGUUAUAAACGGGGAUACAAAGGAAGGAAGCAUGUGUUGUGAGGCAGGUGGAGCAGCUCAAAGAGCAGGAGAAGGGAAAGGGAAUAGGGGGAGGAAUUCCAGGAGAAGGAGGUAGCAUCUGAUUGUCAGUUGUGCAUUAACCUUGGUAUUGAUAUAUAUCAUCGGAGAAAUCCAUAAUCUCAUAGUUAGUUCAUGUCACAAAAUUCUCAAUGCUGACAGUGCCACCUCCGGCCAUGACAAAUUCCUUCUAUUCUACCUAUUAUUCUUAGUUAAGGAUGUUAAUAUUUCUUUUUCAAACAAUUUCAGCUAAAAAUGCAAUAUUGCCCGUUUAUUAGUUAUUUUGAAAUUGUGAUGAAGGAUGAUUAGAAUAACAAAAACAAAAAUUAAUAUGAUAAAGAGACCAGUUCGCAA